UUCACAUUCCCAUGGUGGAUUUUUUGAAUGUAGUGUUGGCGGUCCGUUGAAGGUUCGUUGCAUCGGCGUAGGUAAAUGGAAAUAAUACAGCAACUAGUAUAACAUGUCAAAGAAUUGUGAUGGCGGCGAUGUUGAAGGACAGGGGUCAGUUUAGCUUCGCAGGGAAAUGGCCAUCUAUGCGCCCAAUAAUUUUGAAACUAUUAAAACAAGAAGCAGUCACACAGGGAGAAUGGCAGGAUCUCUUCUAUUCGGUUCAUUUGGUAUGCCUGUGGGACGAGAAAGGUCCCUCAAAAUUACGAGAUACUCUCAAAGUAGAUAUCAUGGACUUCAUACAACAGGCGCAGCAGAGAGUGUUGGCGCAUCAAGAGGAACAGGCGCUAUUAAAGGCCUACAUAGCCGAAUGGCGAAAAUUUUUUACCCAAUGUAAUUAUCUACCAACACCUUUUAGACAGCUAGAAAGAGCGCUAGAUGGAAAGACAAAUAUACAGAAAAGAAGCCAGACAGAUGAAAGUAUAGUUAGAAAGCUAAUGCUGGACAGUUGGAAUCAAAGUAUAUUUGGAAAUAUAAAACAGAGGCUGCAGGAUUCAGCCAUGAAGUUAGUACGAGCUGAGAGGAACGGUGAAGCGUUUGAUUCGCAGUUGGUUAUCGGUGUUAGAGAAUCUUAUGUGAAUUUGUGCUCAAAUGCAACGGAUAAGCUACAAAUCUAUCGGGAAAAUUUCGAAGCUGCUUAUAUAAAGGCUACAGAGGAAUUUUACAAGGUCAAAGCACCCGAGCAGCUAUCUAUGAACGGUGUUGAAAGUUAUAUGCGUUAUGCAGAGGCCAAAUUGAGGGAAGAAGAAUUGAGAGCUCAAAAAUAUUUAGAACCAAACAGCGCCAGUGUACAGUUACUAACUGCUUGUUGCGUAUCUGUACUUGUCGCUACCUUCAAGUCAGCUAUCCUUGCUGAAUGUCCUCGAAUGAUUCAAUGUCACGAAACCGACAAACUUCGACUUAUGCUUAAACUCAUGGAUCGAGUAGCAGAUGGAGUUAGCCCAAUGUUAAAAGACUUGGAAGAUCACAUAGCCAGUGCCGGUCUUGCAGACAUGAUGGCAGCUGUUGAUGUGAUUACUCAAGAUUCCGAGAAAUACGUAGAAAGAUUGCUGGAUCUUUUUAGACGAUUCUCUACUCUUGUCAAGGAGGCGUUUGAUGACGAUCCGCGCUUCCUAACAGCCAGAGAUAAGGCCUACAAAUUAGUUGUCAAUGACUCGACUGUUUUCAAACUAGAAUUGCCCAUCAGACAAGGCAAUGGAGUGAGUGCAGGAGUCGUUCCCAACAAACCUACAAACAAUAAUAACGGACAGCCCGAAUCUAAAUGUCCUGAAUUAUUAGCCAACUACUGUGAUAUGUUACUCAGGAAAACUCCCUUGAGUAAAAAACUGACUUCCGAUGAAAUUGAAAGCAAGCUUAGGGAUGUGUUGUUGGUGUUGAAAUACGUCCAAAACAAGGACGUGUUUAUGCGGUAUCACAAAGCCCACUUGACGCGCAGAUUAAUUUUGGACACGUCAGCUGAUUCUGAGAAAGAAGAAAAUAUGGUUGAGUGGUUGAGAGAGGUGGGCAUGCCGGCUGACUACGUUAAUAAAUUAGCCCGGAUGUUCCAAGACGUCAAAGUAUCUCAAGAUCUCAAUCAACAGUUCAAGGAACACUGUCGGGCAACGAUCGCCGACAGCAUAAAUAUCAAGAUAUUGAACGCGGGCGCAUGGGCGAGAGGGAGCGAGCGUGUCACUGUCAGUUUACCUCUUCAAUUGGAAGAUUAUAUUCCCGAAGUAGAAGAAUUUUAUAAAAAGAAGCACAGCGGACGCAAGUUACAGUGGUAUCAUCACAUGUCCAAUGGAACGAUAACGUUUUGUAAUAAAGUUGGGCGCUUCGACGUUGAUGUCACUACGUUUCAAAUGGCUGUUCUAUUCGCUUGGAAUCAACGACCUUUCGAAAAAAUUUCAUACGAAAAUCUACGGCUGGCUACCGAACUACCAGAUACCGAACUGAGACGUACGCUCUGGUCGUUGUGCGCUUUCCCUAAACUCAGACGACAACUUCUUCUAGUCGACCCGCCUACAUACAGCCCCAAAGAAUUUGCUCACGAUACCAGAUUUUGGGUUAAUCAUGAGUUCGCUAUUGUAAAAAAUGGAAAGCUGCAGAAAAGGGGCAAGAUCAAUUUAGUUGGUCGGUUACAACUUUCUACUGAACGAAGCAAGGAAGAAGAUAACCAAUCGAUAGUACAACUGAGAAUAUUAAGGGUUCAGGAGGCGAUCAUUAAAAUUCUAAAAAUGCGCAAGAUGAUAAACAACGCCCAGCUACAGACCGAGUUGGUCGAUAUACUGAAAAAUAUGUUCCUACCGAGCAAGAAAAUGAUCAAGGAGCAGAUCGAGUGGCUAAUCGAGCACAAAUACAUAAGAAGGCACGAGGACGAUAUCAACACUUUCGUUUACAUGGCGUAACCAAUAACAACCUACGGAAGGAGAAUUGUAUGAAAAUUCAGUACUAUAUUUAAUACUAUUUUUUAUAGAACUCCAAUUGUCCUCCGUUUUAUGCGUUUACCUUAUAUCACCACAAGAAAUAUGGAUCUAGUUAACGAAUCGAAUUUUGUUAAAUAUCAGAUAACAGCCAACCAUAUCAUUCGUAGCAUCCAGCUAAAAUCGUCAGGAAGCCAUAGUAUUUUCUUUAUCUUGUGGUGAUACGUGCGUACCCGUCAGUUGAUUUUCAAGUACCCAUAAAAUUUCUAUCAGAACGGAGUCAACGAACGAUUGUCACACCAAUUUUUUUACUAUAAUUCUAUGAAAAGCUAUAGCAAUAUUAAUGAAUAAUAACGUAACGGAAGUUCACGUUAUUAUCAGUUGUACCGUCAGCUAAGAUGAGACUAAUAUUUAUUAUCUGUUCAAUUCUUGUAUGACCGGACCAUUAUAUUUGUAUAGUGUAUAUAGGGACAUUAUAUUUACGAGCCCGUUAAUCGCUAUUAGAAUAUCUAAGCUUCGACGAUUUUAUUGUUUCACUUUUAAA